AAUUUAUUAUGCGUUAUAAAAUUUAUAACUAUUAACUAUUGUAUAAUAUUAUGUAGUAUGUACUACUUACUAUAAGUACUAAUCAGUAAUCCGUUUACCGUCUUACAGUGAUAUUUUAUUUAUUUAAUUUAUAUAUUAAAUUUCACGAUGUAGAGAGGACACCUAUUGGAUUGUAAAAGCAGAACCCUAAUGGGAGUCGAGUCAACAUUGUCCAAUACAAUGGUCUUAACCCUUUGGGGGAUAGGUGAGCGAAGCGAAUAGAGGAUGAUGUCUAUGAAGUUGACAUGUUUUGUCCUAUAUUGUCUAUCCAAAUUCAUACUAAAAUUUUGAUUUAGUUUUUACAAAGCAUUGAAGAUGAGAAAUGGAGAAAAAAUAAUUGAUCGUUUAGAAUUUAUUGAAGAUACAAAAGGAAAUAGUGGCGAUAAAGGUGUACUUGUUAUUACAAAUUUGAGAACAAUUUGGCAUUCAAUGACUUUAGCAAGAAUAAGUUUAUCUAUUGGUUACAAUUGUAUACAGGAUGUUUCUACAAGAAUUGUUAACUCGAGAUUAAAAGGAAUAACUGAAGCAAUUUAUAUUCAAGCUAAAUACAAUGGAUUGAGAUAUGAAUUUGUUUUUACAAAUUUGAUACCUGGUAAUACAAGGCAUUUCACAUCAUUUAUUGGAGUUUUUAAAGCUUAUAACUCUAGUAGACUUUACCGAGAAUUAAAACUUAGGGGAGCAAUAUUGAAGAACGGACGUUUAAGGCUAUUGAUGUUUGAAAAAAUGUAUUCAGCCGUUAAUGGUGUAUGGAAUUUAUCUAGCGAACAAGGAAAUUUGGGAACAUUUAUAGUAACAAAUAUUCGAUUAGUGUGGUAUGCAGAAAGUAAUGAGACAUUCAAUAUAUCGCUUCCAUACAUUCAUAUAAACUCUAUAAAAAUUAGGGAAUCUAAAUUUGGUGAAGUUUUGGUGAUAGAAACAAAUGGUUACAGUGGAGGCUUUACACUUGGAUUUAGAAUAGAUCCUAAGGACCGAUUAAGAUCAGUUACUAAAGAACUAUCAUCAUUGUUUCGUAUUCAUGCUCAAGCACCAGAAUUUGGAGUACAUUUUGUUACAACUGAUCAGAUAGAAAGUAAUGAACCUGUUCUAACUCCACCAACACUUCCAAACUAUGAUGAAUUUGAAGACGAGAGUACAAUAGGUGUUUCGAAUACUUUAGCUGCAUAUAGUGUAAGUAAAACAGGUAAAGAAGAUGGACUACCACAAUAUGAUUCAACGAUAGGUUUAGCAAUUGAAACAUUGCCAGAUGGUUAUACAAUGGCAUCUUUGUGGGAAGUUAUACCGAGUACCAAUAAUAAAUAACGCAUAAUGUACCUAUUAAAAA